AUGUUGCUGCCACUGCUACUCCUCGGCCUGACGUCGAGCGUCGCCAACGCCGACAUUGUCGUCUCGGUCAGCGACGUCAAGCCCCUGCCGCUCAAGACGGCCAGCACGGCGUCGACGGCGCUGCAGCUCUUCCAGCAAAGCUGCCCGGAGAGAUCAACCCGUCGGCUCGGGCCCCAGGCCAAGGUCAUCGUCUCGUCCUACGCCGACUCGCCGCACGACCUGGCCAUUGCCGCGGCAAGCUCUAUGCCUCCUCGUCCGACAGCCUGGUGCGAGAUCCUGGCGCAGCUCAACCUAUACAUGACCAAGCACGCCGAGGAGCUCCGCCACCUGUUUGUCAACUUCCAGGGCCAGGAGGAGAUCGUGACGCACUGGCUCGAGAACUGGAUCACGCCAGGCUUUAGCACCAGCAAUGCCAACGACAACACGACGGCCACGGUGCUCAUGAUGGGGCUCAUGCAGCAGGACGACUGGGCGGCGCUGCUCGACAAGCUCGAGAAUCUGCGCCUCUUUGGAGCCGAGCCGUCGCAGUACGCCAAGAACUUGCGGCCGAUCCUGAACAUGUUUGUCAAGACGUGGGACGAGCCCCAGAGCAAGCAGGUGCAGGCCUUCUGGAAGCAGAUUGUGCGUGCCGACAAGGUCUUUACGUGCGGCACGGGCCCCAUCGAGUACGACAUCUCGGGCUGGAUCACGGGCUUCAUGCACUGGUCGUCCAACGGCGACGUACGCGUGCCGGCGGGCGUGCCGGCCGCCGAGGGCGACACCACGCUCGACGGCAUCACCUACUACCGCGCCAACCUCAACCAGCUGCCCGUCGGCUACGCCAAGGCGCCGCUCAAGCUGCUCGACUACCCGACGCCCGGCACCAGCAGCAUGGCGUACGUGCUGGCGGGCAACAUCGGCAUCGCGCGCGCCGAGGUGGCGUCCAAGGCCGGCAGCCGCAGCAGGGGCGGCGUGCUGGCCCAGCCGCUCAGCGCCUGGUUCCUGUACGGGCCCGUCGACGUCAACGCGACCCAAACACAGUCGGAUGUUGGGAGCCGGGCGAGAUCGACGGAAUCUACAAGGGCUCCGGACAAACUGCCCCAGGGCGGUUACUGA